UUUGGCACCUCUGACCACGUGCUUUUUAUCAAGAAUUAAUUACUUAAUUCAAAUAGAAUCAAUUUAAAAUAAUAAUUUACAAUGGAAAUAGAUAUUUCCCAUGGUACUAACCGAGAACAGUUAGAAUGUCUUCCUUCAACAUCAACCGGGAGUAGCAAACUCGGAAAUUGCGAAGUUUGCUCAAUAAUUGAGGCGAAAUAUACUUGCCCAAGAUGUGAAGUAAAAACUUGUUCCUUAAAAUGUGCGAAUAUCCAUAAAAAAGAAUUAGAAUGCGAUGGUUCUAGAGAUCGGACUAAAUUUAUUCCAUUGAAUAAAUUCUCUGAUUUAGAUUUAGCGAAUGAUUAUCGUUUAUUGGAGGAAAUUAGUCGGUCUUUAGAGGGUUAUAAAAAAGAUAAAACGCGAAGAUUUUUGCAAAGAAAUAUAGUUUUGCCACAUCAUUUAUAUAAAUUAAAAAAUGGGGCUCAAAGAAGACAAAUAACCUUAAAAUUUUUACCCCCUAAUUUCGUAAGGCACAAGCAAAACACAACGCGAUUAAACUACGCGAAAGACACAAUUUUCUGGAGAAUAGAUUGGAUUUUUCCUAACUCAAAUAACCUAAAAUUAGUGGAUGAAAAAGUUCGCGAAACGGAAAAAUUAUCAAACAUCUUACAAAAGUAUUUUGUGAAACAAGACAAUUUAAUUUUACAAGAAAAACUCCAAUAUUAUCAAUCCUUAGGGAUGAGUAAUAUCAAAGUUUAUUUACGAGCCGAACAAAAACCUGGAAAUAAAUUCUACGAGUUAGAUUUAAACGAAAGUAUUAAAGAAAAUUUGAAAGGAAAAGUUAUUAUCGAAUAUCCAACAGUAAUCGUUUUAAACAAAGAACACAAAGAAGUUGAAGUUAUCGAUUCCGAUGAUGAUCAUGAAGAUAUUGAUGAAAAAAGCGUUUCAGGAAAAGUUGUUAUCGAAAGAAUGUUAAAGAGGCAAGAAAGCGAAGAAAGCUUAUAUAAUUCUUUAAAAAAUUUAUUGUUUGUCUCUGAAAAUUCAAACGAUGAGAUGGAUGAGUAAAUUUCAAACAAAUUUUUGGGGUUAAGUUUUAGUUGGAAUUAAGAAUAUAUUUUAAUUUCUUUUUA